CGUCACUAGGAGGGUUUUAGGACCACGCGGCCCCACCGGCUACGGGAGAAAAAGACAGCCAGGCAGACAAAGGCACGAAAAGGAAGGAUAGAGAGAGAGAGAGAGAGAGAGAGAGAGAGAUCCUGCAGCAUCCACACCCACCCUGCACGAGCUACACACUGUCAUACACACACACUCUGUCUCACACACUCUCUGUCUCACACACACGCCUCACGCGCACCGCAGAUAACCACUUACCCAUAAUUUCACACUGCUGAAGGUCACACCGUAGCCAUGGAGCUGGAUUUUGGACACUUUGACGAGCGUGACAAGUCAUGUCGCAGGAAGCCCGAGAAGAAUGGCCUGCCAAGUCCCACGCACAGCGCUCACUGUAGCUUCUAUCGCACACGCACGCUGCAGGCACUCUCCAAUGAGAAGAAGGCCAAGAAGGUCCGCUUCUACCGCAAUGGUGACCGUUACUUCCGUGGCAUUGUCUAUGCAGUGGCCAACGAGCGCUUCCGCACUUUUGAUGCGCUGCUAGAGGACCUGACACGAUCACUCUCUGACAACAUCAAUCUCCCACAUGGUGUCCGCUUCAUCUUCACCAUCGAUGGCACAUGCAAGAUCAGCAGCCUCGACCAGCUGGAGGAAGGAGAGAGCUAUGUGUGUGCCUCAGAGAACUUCUACAAGAAAGUGGACUACACAAAGAACGUGAACCCGAACUGGUCCGUGAAUGUGAAGGCGAUUCAGAAGAACGCAGCGAGCCGCCAGGCGAGUGAGAUGCGUGAGAGCAAGGACUUCGUGCGGCCCAAGCUGGUGACAGUGAUUCGCAGUGGUGUGAAACCCAGGAAGGCUGUGAGAGUUCUGCUGAACAAAAAAACUGCACACUCGUUUGAACAGGUUCUCACUGACAUCACUGAGGCCAUCAAACUGGAGAGCGGCGCUGUCAAGAAAAUCUACACACUGGAUGGUAAACAGGUCUCUUGUCUGCAGGACUUUUUUGGAGAUGAAGAUGUGUUUAUUGCUUGUGGACCUGAGAAGUUCCGUUACGCACAGGAUGAUUUCUCCCUGGAUGAGAACGAGUGCCGAGUGAUGAAGACUCCUAAAGGUCAGAAAGGUUCAGCUAAAAGUCCUGGGCCUGUUCGCCGUAGCAAAUCUCCUGCUGAGUCCACUAAUGGUACUGGAUCCAGCAGUCAGCUGUCCACUCCGAUCUCUAAACAGUCUCCAAUUUCGACCCCGACCAGCCCUGGAAACGCCCGCAAACAGAAGGAUCUGUACCUGCCGCUCUCCCUGGAAGAUGACACCGAGUCACUGGGAGAAUCGAUGUAAGCUCCUCCCACUCAUCAAUCAACCUGAGCUGCCGAUCACAGAGGUAUCUGUGGUGUUCUUCGUUGCUCCCCGGUGGUGCGGAUGAGUGGCGAUUCUUUCUCGCUUUGUCACUGUCCAGCUUUUGGGCAUUUUUACUGUAAUUUCUGCACGUUUUAAUUUUUUUUUUUGCUGCUUGUGAAUUCGUUGCGUCCAUUUAUAGCACCUUCCUUCAAGUUUGUGUUUUUUUGUAAUAAUAUUUUUAAAAUAAUGUUCUGUAUAUGCAGGGCAUAUACAUGGCGAUCACAAACGAGUUGAACACCUGGGUUUCUACGCAAUUUAAAUCCUUUUUGUGCAUUUUUCAAGUGAUUUUUUAAAAAAGGAAAAAUCCCUGAUAUCAAAUGUACAGUUUGUAGUUGUGAGUGCAUUUCAUAUCAGUGUGUAGAUUGUUUUUGGGCUGUUUUGCUUACAUGUCAUACAUUUGUCACUUUAACACUAAAAAAACAUUCUUUCAGUGCUUGGUUCUGCGAAUUCCAAGCAGCAAACAAAGUUCGUUCUAUCAUUCUGACUUGUACAAAAAUACUCGCUGUGUUUAAUGACUCGCUGUGCUUUUAAAACAAAUCAAAAGCAGUUUUUCUUUCUGUCCUGACUAGGCAUGUGCUGAAUUAACGCUAUUUUCAGAUAACAGGGUUACAAUUUUAUCACAGUACUGUAGCUACAUGUAGCUUUUUACUCCUCGCUGUUGUUUGUGAUGUUUGUUUCCUCAGAACUUCUCAAUAAACUGUUAAUGACCGUAACCAAGAGCGAGACGUCUAACGUGAGCUAGCUAGACAAAAAUAAGCGAGUUUUUAAAGCUUUACAAAGUGAAUUACACAAAUUUGACUGUUAAUUAAAGUCGUUGUCUGUUCACUAACAGUUUUGUUAAAUAUUACAGAAUAUGGUACAGAAUUGAUCAUCAGCACAUGCCGAGUCCUGACCUGCGCCCUGCUGAUUCAGCGUUUCCACAUGUUUAUGAAAUCGGAGCUUACAGGAAAAGGGAAUAAAUCAUGUUUUUCUUCUUUAAGUAAGCAAAAAAAAAAAAAAAAAGUGAAAAAAGACAAACAGAAAAAAAAAUUAAAUAAAUAAAAAAUGAAACAAGUAAACUGUCCAACCAAAGCCAUAAGAUUAGGAACCUUUAGACAAUAAUAAGCACAUUCAUGACCCUGAGAUUACAACA